AUGGACUAUGAUUAUCACUACAAGUACCAACGGAUCGACCUGUCUACCGAUGCCAUUCGACUGGUUCGUCUCCUGAAAGGAUUUCACCGAGACCCCAUUCACUGCGAACUCUUCGAAACAUUCCUCCACCAGGUAGAGGGUGUACCUUAUGAAGCCUUGUCAUAUGCCUGGGGCGAUUCGCCCGUCGCGUGUGAAAUCGUCAUCAAUGAUCGGAGGUCGCCUGUCAAGGAAAACCUUCACAUGGCCCUCCUCGCUCUACGGCAGACCUAUGAGGACAGAGUGUUGUGGAUUGACGCCAUUUGCAUAGACCAGAGUAACGAUAAGGAAAAAGGCCACCAGGUCGGGCAAAUGAGACUAAUCUAUCAAUGUGCCCAACGAGUCGUGGUCUGGCUUGGCCCAAGCAACCUCGAUAUUGAUUUCCUCAUGAAUACGACUGCACAGUGGGAUUAUCAAACACGGCAACGACCAGGAGCCCAACACAAACAGAGCUGGAUCGAUUCCUGGACCGCGUUCACUGCUGACGAGACCGGUCUGUACAAAGAGGAAGUCACUGCUCGACGUUGCAAUUCCUUGAAAGAGAUACUGGACCGACCUUGGUUUCGGAGAGUUUGGAUCCUUCAAGAGGUCGCCAGCGCAAAUAAGGCUACGAUAUUGUGCGGCUCGAAAGCCAUGUCCAGCCAAGGCUUCGGUCUUUUGCCAUCUCUGCUGGGAUUCGAACCAGACCCACAUAUCGAAGCAGUUCUAGACAUCCUUCCGGGGUUCCGCCGGAAAGAGAGCUGGUGGGAUGAAAAGCAAACUCUCGAGACACUCCUCCUCAAGUUUGGGACGAGUGAGGCGACCGAUCACCGGGACAACAUAUAUGCCUUGCUUGGCAUUGCUUCAGACGCUCGCGCCAGCAACACUCUUCUCCCAGACUACACCGUUCCGCUAAGUCGCGCUAUAUGCCACACCAUCUCAUUCUUACUCUUUGACGAGGCUUAUGACCCGUCUGCCCACAAAUUGCCCGAGAAUUUAGACUUUCCUACAUUCCGUCGUAUUAUACCGACACUGCCAGACUACAUUCUGUGCUGGGAAAUGCGAUCUGGUAAUGAUGUGAGAGCGGCAGCUCUUGUGCCCAAAGCUGUCGAUAUCAACAAAUAUUACCGUCCAUCAGACCCUGCGCCUGUUACUGGACUGUCACCUCUAGGAUUCACCAUCAGAAAAUCCAAGCUGGACAACACGUUUUGGGCAAUUCUAGCACGACAUGAUGCCGAUAUUUUGCUAUCCACAUCUCAGCUAUGUGGGUAUGAAACGAACUUUCAUAUCUUCGGCGAUUUUGAAAGCGAAGGGCACGCCCCAAAGAUUUGUCAGAUAUGUGGAGGUUAUCUACGUUUUGGACACCAAGUGCUCGAGGGUUACGCCUUCGAACGACUCAAGCACAUCCUCCAGCAUCCAAGUGCAGGCAAGAGGAAAGUCAAAGAUUUGCAACCGCUUUUUCAUUACGCUGCCCUAACUUCUCAACCCAAGAUUUGGGAACUGCUGUUCGAAGUCACCCAUUGUAUUGAUCUAGAGACAUCAAUCGAUAGUCUGACCGAGGCCUUGUCUGACAAGAUGGGAGAUAUUCCAGAUUGCACGCGUCAUUCCACGGCCGUAUAUGAGUGGUUUGAUGAUUCUGAUGGAUGGACCAUCAAAUUCGUCAGGCUCAUGGAUUUCUUUUUUCGCAGAAGACGGACAUUACUCGAUCAGUUUCAAUGUGCAGACGAGUUGGUUGCUUUGUUUGCCAUACUUCCGCCCGCGUCACUCGAGGAGGCCCCGGAUUAUCUUUGGCACGAUCACUUACUAUCGAUCAAUAAAGAUCGAGGAUGGAAAGUUUCAAAAGAGUUGGCAGAAUAUAGGCUUAUAAGCGAACAGCUCUUGUCGCAAGUCCCAGGAAGAGUCAUUGGCGAAGUCGAUGUCAUACCCUCUAAAGAGCUAAAUCCAAUGCCGGACUCAAGCUAG